AUGGUCAACUUGAUAUCCGCGUACCUUGAGCAAGAUAGCAUUCAGCCAGUCGAAUAUCAGGGUUCCUUUCGAGGGGUAUAUAGAACGAAUUUGUCCUCGCUCGAGGACUGGAAUAUCUUACAUGAUCUGCAAAGACGAGAACUUCGAAAUGGCAGGCUUUCCGACCUUGGACUAUCCUACCUCAGCAAACAGUUUGUUUUGAAUCCUCCACUAUAUUUCCUCCCCCUCUUCCCCCUCGUUAGACGUGUGCCAAACAGCGUUUUGUGGGUCCUCUCUGCUGUUCAUGAUGCCUACUGCGGGAUAUUUGACAAGACUGGUGACAGGUUCUUUAGUGCCUCUGUGAAAAACCGCGUUUCCAUAUUUGACUACACUGGACGUUACCUUCGACUCAACCGUGUGGUUGAAUGUAAGAAUGGUUUUGGAGGCAUUACCUCAAUGGUUCAAAGUCCGGAUCAGCGACAACUUGCCCUAGCCUCCGACUCCUACGGUUUAUACUUGAUCGAUCUUGAUAGUGAUGCCGGGGCUGCAGCUGUAAAGAUUUUGCCUGGUAUAGACAGGCACCCAGUUUAUAGCCUCGCCUACUGUGGCACCUCCAAUACUGAAAUUAUCUAUGGCACUUCUGGGUCACGCGUGUCGUUGUUUGACAUUGUCACUGGGACGCUCAAAGGCACGUACGCCACACAGACGUCGGCUGUCGACGUGAAGGCUGUCGCAUGGUUGCAAGAUGGGGAUUUUGCUUUCCUUGCCGGUUCCGAUGAUACGUGUAUUUGGAAAUAUGAUAGUAGACAGGUACAUGCGGGUCCUGUAGCGGUUUACCCUGGGCAUCUCGACGGCGUCACCUACAUUGACUCAAAGAACGAUGGUCGAUACUUCCUGUCCAACAGCAAGGAUCAGACGGUAAGACUGUGGGACGUUAGGUCCAGUGCGCCGGUCAACGAAGAGAGACGAGUUAAACCGGUUUAUGAGUGGGACUACACGAUUGAUCGGGUUCCGCGGAUAUAUCAAAAUCCAGAGGUGGAGGGGGCAAAAUCAAAGGCCCUACUGACGCUGCGCGGUCACACUGUACUGUACAACCAAAUUCGAGCCAAGUUUUCCCCUCUCCAUUCCACGGGUCAACAGUUCGCCUACUCUGGCAGCGCCGAUGGCGACUGGGUUGUUUGGGAUCUCACUACUGGUGUAAAGCUGCCCCAAAACCGCGUGAAUUUGGCGGUGGUACGGGAUGUCGCGUGGCACCCCUGGGAACCAGUGUUGAUCACCUCGAGUGUGAACGGGUCCCUCACCUGCUGGAACUUCCGAUUACCUGAUGAGCCACAGCUGUCACCCGUCCUCCUGACUCCACGACACCUGGAUGCUUCACCUCUCUCUCUCUCUCUCAAAAACUCAGAAUACGCUGAAAGAGAAGCAGAGGUGGACGAGAGCGUCCGCUUCUGUCACUCCGAGGCUGGCCAGCAGGACAGUGUGAUUCAACUCUCUGCAGCUGGUUUUCACUACAGAUUUCCCACUUCGACCCCCACUGGAUCUUCAUCAGGUUCGGAAGUGAUCCCAUGGCGUGAUAUAGAGAGUGACGAUGAUGCAUCUAGGGAGGAGAGGGAACAUAAGAAGGUAAAUUUGACUUGGCAUUUUAUGAGUUCAAUUAAUGUCAAGGCGUUGGCAGCCCGGAUGACCGACAAUACUCUGCCAAAGGAGGAUGAGUGGGGAGAGGGUAGGAGGCUCACUCUUUUUGCUCGAAGCCACCUCGACUAUAUUGUGAUGAGGCAAGCAUUCCCGGAGCAUAGAAGGCAUCUGUGUCCUCGUCCCACUUCACCGCCAGGGCUGUCUGCAGGACCGCUGACGCGGUCGCAAACGCGGUUGUCGGCGCAGCAGCAGCGGCAGCAUGAGGAGGGAGAAGUGGAUGUCGACAAAUGA